GCGAAGCCGUAGCGUUUUGGUUCCCGGCGGCUUCCUCCCUGGCUCUGCGCGGGACUGCUGAGGGCUAUUUCUCGGUGUCUCUUCUCGCCUGGAAAAGAGCGGCCGGGGGCCCGCCGAUGGACCGCGCGACGCGCGUCGCGGCCGAGCAGCACUUGCGCGGCGCGGGGGGCCGGGUCCCGGGCGGUGGGCGGGCGCCGUGCCGCGUCGCCUUCAUUCCGGACCCCUGCGCCUUCUCGUACGCGGACUUCGUGACGGGCUUCCUGCUGCCCAACCUGCCCUGCGUGUUUUCCAGCGCCUUCACCGAGGCCUGGGGCAGCCGGCGGCGCUGGGUGACGCCCGCGGGCAAGCCCGACUUCGAGUACCUGGUGCGCGAGUACGGAGAUGUGGUGGUGCCGGUGGCGAACUGCGCGGUGCAGGAAUACAACUCCAACCCCAAGGAGCACAUGCCCCUGCGGGACUACAUCGCCUACUGGCAGGAGUGCGCCCAGCAUGGUGGCUCCUCCCCGAGAGGCUGCCUCUAUCUCAAGGAUUGGCACCUGUGCAGGGACUCCUCUGCGGAGGGCCUGGAGGCCGUGUUCACCCUGCCUGUGUACUUCUCCUCGGACUGGCUGAAUGAGUUCUGGGACGCCCUGGGUGUGGACGACUACCGUUUUGUUUAUGCAGGGCCUAGGGGCACCUGGUCCCCGUUCCACGCCGACAUCUUCCGCUCCUACAGCUGGUCGGUCAACGUCUGCGGGAGGAAGAAGUGGCUGCUGUUCCCGCCUGGACAGGAGGAGGCCCUGAGGGAUAGCCGUGGCAGCCUGCCCUAUGACGUGACCCUGGGGAACACCUACCCACAAUCCGCACACCUGCAGAGCAGCCUUCCACUGGAGGUCACACAGGAAGCAGGGGAGAUGUUAUUUGUGCCCAGUGGCUGGCACCACCAAGUGCACAAUCUGGAUGAUACCAUCUCCAUCAACCACAACUGGGUCAAUGGCUUCAACCUGGCCAACAUGUGGCACUUCCUGCAGCAGGAGCUCCAGGCUGUACAGCGGGAAGUCAGCCAGUGGAAGGAUUCCAUGCCUGACUGGCACCACCACUGCCAGGUCAUUAUGAGAGCCUGUUCGGGGAUCAACUUUGAAGAAUUUUACCACUUCCUUGAGGUCAUCGCAGAGAGGCGGCUCCUUGUCCUGGGCCAGGGAAAGGAGGGGGUGCCAGGGUGUAGCAUGGGCCUGGGGCUGGGCCUCCAGCAGGCUGUAUUUGACAUUGGCCGCCUCGCGGAGGUGCUGGCCUCUGUGGUCGCACACCCCGACUUCCAACAGGUGGACACCAGCACAUUCUCUACCAGGCCACAGGAUCUGCUGAGGCAGCUGCAGGAUGCCCUGGGUUCCACUGAGGCCCUAUAAUGCUAGCAGGCACAGGGAGAGGGUAGCCUUGCCUAGGGCCUGCCUAAGGCCCUCCUGGCCCUGUGGUAGACGCAGUGAGCCUCCUGCAGUCUCGCCAGUCCUCCUUGGGGCUCCAAAGUGUCUGUCCCUCUGGCCUACCAUAGCCCACCCAGGACUCAGGCCCCCUGAGCGGCAGAUGUCCAGGCGGCGGUCCUAGGGCCACUUUGUGGCUGGGCUGUCUCUAGGUCACAGGCACAUGUGUUGCCUGUCCUCUGUGUCCUCUGAACUCUGAGGGAGGAGUGGGUACCUGUGCAGGUGGAAACUGGCUCACAGUGCUGGGCAGCUGGGUACCUGGGAUGGGGCUACCCAGGAGGCCUGAGGCCAUGUACUAGUGCAUGCUGUGGCCCCAGCGGCAGGUCUGCUCUCGCUGCACACAGUAGGUGCUGUCGUUGUGCACAGUGGUGCUCUGGAGAUGCGUAUAAGCCACUCCCAGCCCACCCAUACUGCUUGCUACUUUCGGCUCCCACCCGUUCUUGGCCCUGACUCUGGCGUGGAGGGCAAGGCAUGGUUCACAUGGAGGGCUGGGAUGGAGUGGAUUUCUCAGGGCCCCUCCAAGCCCCAGCUCGAGGCACCUGGGACCCCAUCCUGCAGUGGGAGUCCGGGUCUGCCCCAUCCUUGGUGACCUGCAGCCUGUCUCUGCUAGGGGGCCCCCUCAGAGCAGGAGGAUGGCAGCUCACCCAUGAGGUGAUGUCCUGUGUGUUGAGCCUGGAAGCCCAGAAGGGCAGGAGCUUCUUUUGUUCAAUAAAUUAUGCUAGGGGCCAUGGAAAGUGACUGGUAUGCCUCACAGAGUGCCCCCAGCUGCCUGGGUGUGGGCACUUCUGUGGCCUGAGUCCUAGGACAGUCUCUGGAAUUGCAAGCCUUCCUGCCAAUGCAAAGGUGCUUUUCUCGGCCCUCUGCACCCCACAGGCCAAGGCUGGGGCUUUUAGGACAGGAAAUCGGGAGCAGGAGUGGCCGCUACAGAGGAGCUGGGGCCCAGGGUCUGGUGCUGGGCUGUCCCUUCACCACCCUGGGCACACCUUGAAAGGAGCUCCCCUGGUACCCAGGACCCACCUGCAGGGCGGCACUUACCUAUGAGCUGUGGUCUUACAUGGGCCAGACAGUGGCACAGUCAGAAUGUGAGGAAAAAGGUUGUGGCAGUGCUGAGGAGGUGGGCACCUGAGCUGGCACCAGCCUGCCUGUCUGCCCUGGCUGUCCACAGGGAGCAGGUCUCCUCCUCUGGGCGGUGUCACUGAUGAGCUGCUGGAACUCAGUCCUUGGGCCACAGGUAGAUGUGCCCCGGAGAAAAGGGCUUUCAGUGUUGGGACGUCAGAUCAGUGCCAGCCAAGUGACACUUGUGUCCUUCCUCUCAGUGCCUGUCCUGAGUGUGCUGGCCCAGUGUUCCCACACAGCACUCCCAAGCAAAGAAGAGGAAGACAGGACAGCGAGGUAGCACAGCAGUCUGAAGCACCUGCUUAGGCAUCGUAGGGGUCCACGGUCCUUCCCCGCACCAUAUGCCACACCAGCGAAGCCGUCAGGGAGGAAGAUAAAUCCACCAAGGUCCCAACACCACCCAGGGCUUCAGUCUUGCCUUUGCACAUCUGGCCUGAGGAGAGGAGUCGGGGUCCCCAUUUAGAGCCACACAUGGCUUUGUGGGCCAGCUCCACUCACCCCCUUAAUGCCAGGCUGACAAGGGCUAGAAGGUGGUGUGCAGGGCAGCGGUCACCAGACACACCCUGCACAGAGAUAGUCUGAGGCGACAUUGGGGGAACAAGGUCACCCUCACUGCUUCCUAACAUAGAGCAGGCGGAGCAAGGGGCAUCCCACAUGAGCCCCACAGGACAACUGCUGUCAUGGUGCCUGGACCUCUGCUUCCCCAACACUGCCACAGCUUCUGUGAAGCAUGUGCCCAGCAUCAGUCCAGCCUUGGGCUGGCCCUCCUGA